CAACACUAUAUCGAAUAACCAAGUUACUUGCAGUCUGGGGAAGAGAUCAACACAUUGAAACCAAUGAAAGAUGGUGAAGGAAAUCUAGUUACAAAGAGAGGGAAGAAACAAAGGAAACGAUGGUCUGACCACUUCAAAAAAACUCUUGAAUCGACCGCCACCACCACCUGCAACUCGUCCAGAAAUACCACCAGCAGCCUAGCCAUAGAAUUACCAGUGAACACAAGCUCUCCGACAAAACCCGAACUCCUGAACGCCAUAAAGUUGUUGAAAUCCGUGAAAGCACCAAGACCAGAUGGAAUUCCGCCAGAAGCACUGAAAACAGACUUAGAGACAACAGCAGAUACGCUCAGACCACUAUUGCAGAAGGUUUCGAAGGUAGGAAAGGUACCUGCCAGUUGAUUGGAAGAAGGGCUACCUUGUC